AUGAGGUAUGUUCAGUCGAGGAAGGCCCUACAGCUGACCCAACCUACUCCCCGAGGGAAAGGGACACCCGGAGCGGUCGGAGCUGAGCAAAUGCAGAGUAUGAUGCAACAAGUGAACUACCUAGUGCAAAUGGCCAGCCACGGAAAUGACGUUCUUCAGAGCUUGAUAGCGGACACGCAAAAUCAACUCAAUUCUCUGGAGUCUGGUGUGUCGCAGCUGAAGGCAGAGAGGGACGAGGCUGAUUAUGAGCUUUUGACUUCUAGUCAACAGAUGAUCGAGCACUUAGCGGCUAAGAAGUUGCCCCAUCUGGACGAGGAGACCCGGGCCAGGCUGCCUCCACUGAACGAUGAAUCCCUUGAGGACUUUACUAGGAGGAGCGUUGGGGGUCCUCCCUCUCCCUUUAUCAAGUUGCCAGAGGCCCCGACAGCCUCUGCUGAUCUCACGGUGUCUGAUAAUGAUGGAGAUGUAGCUGAUGUGAGCUCUUCAGAAUACGCGGGUGAACCGCGGGAGAGCGCGGGGAGUGUGGCUGCAGCCACGGCGGGCUCCACGACGGUCAUGAGCGAUCAGUCUUCAUACGCUCCCCCCAAGGAAGAGUUACCACCCAACACCGUCACUGCGCCACAAAAUUUCCCACCUGCUGCUGAGCAGGACUUGUCACGCGUGCCCCUGGGGUACAGUACGGAUUCCGGGAUGGCGAGCUCGAAUGAGGCGAGUGACCCCCAAGGGUCGACGAGGGCAAACGCCAAUAAGACUAUGGCGCAUUCACAAGUUGUCGGUUCUCCGAUUCCUUCCCCGGUAUCAUCACAAGUUCAUAGUGCUGACAGCUACGACAAGCUCACCGCUUCGGCAGAGAUGCACACGGCAGAGGGUAGUCUUGAAGUAUCGUCUGCGGAGGGAAAGGAGGUCGCUAAUGCUACUGGGCCAGAUCAAACUGCACACCCGGCGUUUGGGCAUCCUGGGAGGGCUAGAAGGGCUCUGCCUCCUCGCAUACAGAAGAGGGCUAAGCCUAAGCAGAUUCUGGGGACGACUGAUCCCUUUGCUACUCCAAUGCAUCACACAGGAGUCACCUCGCCCUCUGCUGCCUCCAGUGCUCGCCAGGCGCCUGCCACUGGAGCCGGCCUUACAACCGGUGCUGGAGCCCAUACCUAUCUCACUGGCUUCCCAACACAGUGA